CAAAUUCUUUGCUCUUUCAAGCAAAGAGCAAUUCAAACGAAAAAACUAAUUCAUCGAUCUUCUUUGUUUCUUGUUUGUGAGUUCUUGACGUCAAUGUCAACUCUAAGCACGGAGAGCGGAGGAUCGAGGAAACGAAUGAAACAGGAGGUGGAGGAAAAGGUGGGAGAUGAAGCGGAAUCAAAGACUGCAGAAGAAGAAGAAGAAUUUGAGGCGAACAUUGCUGGGUCCGAAGAAAUGGAACUCAGUAUCUCUCUUAUUCUUGAGAAGAUUGAGAAUUAUACUCAAAGGGUAUCUGAGCUCCUAGAAUCAGGGAAGACAAUGAUAAGGGCGCUAAGCGAUGAAUUUGAAGAGAAAGUUGUUAUGAUACACAAGCAUCAAGUCGAAAAAUGGCAGGAAGAAAUCAGAGAACUGCGUGCACUGGAUGCUUCAAAUGAGGAAGCCAAUGCUCUUCUGCAUAAUGCUCGAUAUCUUCUUCAGCCCAUUCGUGAUAAUUAGUUUUCCAAGGUUUGCGGAUUGAGGGAAAAUUCACGAGAUCUAUAAUGUCUUACCAUUUACCUGGAUCCCAUUUGUGCAUUGUUAUAUGUAGUCUCUAUAUGGAUAUUCAUAGAAAAUGUAUAGAUGGUUAAAUAAAAAGAAAAAAAAAUCUACACUACCAAUUUAGUAUUGCUUUGCUUGGCAGCAAGUGAAGGGUAAAACUUUAAAGUUUAUAGAUAUUGAUACACUGUGCAGGAAGUUAACUUUUAUAGCUUAAUUUGUGUUCUGCUAUAUACUUA